CGAGAUUUUGUUUUUAUCCGAUUUCAGAAAUUAUCUGUUGGAGAUAUUUUACAGCUCCAUACUGAUUACUGCUAACGUUUAGAAAUCUAUAAGUUUUGGAUUCUUACGUUAAAGUGCGCCUGCUUUAUCGUUUUUUCCGAAUCAAACUGUUGUUAUUAGAUUUUAUUCGGUUUGGAUUUUGCAGAGCUCGAGUUUUGAGGAGGAAGUACGAUUAAGGAUUCGGAUCAGAGCAUAAUGGAGGGAAAACGACGUUGUUUUGGUACUAAACUUGGUACUCCAUUAGCUCUUUUAACUGAACCGCCAUUUUCGUUUUGAGGGUGAGUAACUAUAAAACUGGAGUAAAAAAAUGGGGGCAAUUGGUGGGGAAGAGUUAAAGAAGUUGGAGAAAGAGCAGAAGGCACAAAUGGCAGGUGCUCGUGAGGAGAGGAUUCUAGUUGUGGUGAGGCUGAGGCCUUUGAGUGACAAGGAAAUUAUAGCAAAUGAAGCUGCUGAUUGGGAGUGCAUCAAUGACAGUACUAUCCUAUAUCGGAACACCCUCCGUGAAGGGUCCACGUUUCCUUCUGCCUAUACAUUUGAUAGAGUAUUUCGGGGUGACGCAUUGACAAAGCAAGUAUAUGAGGAAGCAGCCAAGGAGGUUGCUCUUUCAGUUGUUAGCGGUAUUAAUUCUAGUAUUUUUGCAUAUGGGCAAACUAGCAGUGGGAAGACAUACACCAUGACUGGAAUAACUGAGUAUGCGGUUGCAGAUAUAUUUGAUUACAUAAACAGACACGAGGAGAGAGCAUUUGUUUUGAAGUUCUCAGCAAUUGAGAUAUAUAACGAAGCAAUUAGGGACCUCCUAAAUUCAGAAAACACUCAACUUAGGUUGCGUGAUGAUCCUGAGAGAGGAACCACUGUGGAAAAAGUCACGGAGGAAGUGCUGAGGGACUGGAGCCAUUUGAAAGAACUCCAAGCCAUUUGUGACGCUCAAAGAAAGAUAGGAGAGACCUCAUUGAAUGAAAGAAGCUCCAGAUCUCAUCAAAUUAUAAGAUUGACAAUUGAAAGCUCUGCCCGUGAGUUCCUAGGAAAAGAAAAUUCAACAACCCUUGCAGCUAGCGUGAAUUUUGUUGAUCUGGCUGGAAGUGAGCGAGCAUCUCAGUCAUUAUCCACUGGUGAAAGACUGAAAGAGGGUUGCCAUAUAAAUCGUAGUUUACUGACAUUGUCAACUGUUGUUCGCAAGCUAAGUAAAGGCAAGCAAGGACACAUCAAUUACAGAGAUUCUAAGCUGACACGCAUACUGCAGCCUUGUUUGGGUGGUAAUGCGAGGACUGCCAUCAUAUGCACCUUGAGUCCCGCACGAAGCCAUGUUGAACAAACCCGAAACACUCUUCUGUUUGCUUGUUGUGCAAAAGAAGUUACUACAAAAGCGCAGGUCAAUGUGGUCAUGUCUGAUAAGGCCUUAGUUAAGCAUUUGCAGAGAGAGCUGGCCAGGUUAGAAAGUGAACUCAAGACUCCUGCUCCUACUCCAUCAAGCAGUGACUAUGCAGCUUUACUGAGAAAGAAAGACCUUCAGAUUCAAAUGAUGGAGAAGGAUAUUAGAGAAUUGACAAAGCAACGUGAUCUUGCUCAAUCUCGGGUGGCGGAUUUGCUAAGGGAGAUCCGAAAUUAUCAAAAUUCAGGACAAUCGGCAAGGAUUGAUUACCAUCCCAAUCAACGAGCAGGAGAUGCAUGGGAAGAUGACCAUUCAGCAUCAGAGUCAUCAUGUUUGGCUGAUUCUAAGCGUUUGGAUGUUCAAAAUUUUAAUUCAAACAGUGGUUAUGACACAGAGAGUGGGAAUAAUAUUGAGGAGCCCUAUCAUCAGCCUCUGAACAAUCAUCAAGAUCAUUCCAUGUCUGACACUGGUCAAUGUCUUGAUGAGACUCCGCGUGAAACUGCUGAUGACCCUGAGGAAUACUGCAAAGAGGUUCAAUGUAUUGAGCCUGAGGAAUCAGGGAGGGAUUAUAAUUCUCAAUCUCGUGCCUUACCAAAUGGUGAAAGUGAAGGAAUAUCGGCAUUGACAUUUCAUGGAGAUGAAGAUGGAACCGACCAUGAAACAAUGCCUACUCCAAUGAAUGGAGAUGAAGAAGCAAAUCAUAACCAACAUGGUUUUAUGUCCGAUACAAUGGAGCUGAGACUUCAUGUACAGAAGACAAUUGAUUCUCUUGUCAGCUCUGAUAAAUCAUCCCCAGAUGCUCGACUAGCAGAUUUGUCAAGUUCUCCAAGCCUGAAAUUGAGUAGGAGCUGGAGUUGUAGAGCAGAUGUCAUGGGCGGUACAUCUUCUCCUUAUGCCAACAGAGAACAUUUCGAAAGUACCCCACCAACUGGGUUGGAGAAAAACUAUCCUGGAAGACCACAAGGUUACCAACAGAAGUUCCAUUUACUAGAUUUUGGUUCCAGUAAUGGAGUGCUCUCUCGGAAUAAUUCCCAAUCUUCUCUUGGGAGUGCUUCCAUCAAGACUUCUGCAGAUGAAGAUAUUACUAGCAUUCAUACAUUUGUUGCAGGAUUGAAGGAGCAACUCGCUAACGGUCAGGUUCAGAGCACGGUACUAGAAGCGGGUGAGUCUGGCAGGAGUAUGAAAGAUGUAGGACUGGAUCCGAUGCAUUCAGCACCAAGCACUCCUCUGCAUUGGCCUCUGGAAUUUGAGAGGCUGCAGAGAGCAAUACUUGAACUUUGGCAAGCUUGCAAUGUUUCUCUGGUUCAUAGAACAUACUUCUUCCUUCUCUUUAAAGGUGAUCCAACUGAUUCCAUUUACAUGGAGGUUGAGCUCAGGAGACUUACCUUCCUCAAGGAAACAUUUUCCGGAGGAAAUCAAGCCAUAGAAGAGGGCCGCACUCUCACACUGGCUUCAAGUGUGAGAAGUCUUCGCCGCGAGAGACAAACCUUGAGCAAGCUGUUGCGUAAAAGAUUUACGGAAGACGAACGAGAGAAACUGUAUCAGAAAUGGGGCAUCGAGUUGAACUCGAAGCAGAGAAGGCUCCAGCUGGUGAAUCAGUUGUGGAGCAAUAACAAGGAUACGAGUCAUGUAAAGGACAGUGCCACCAUUGUUGCGAAACUGAUUAGGUUCGUAGAGCAAGGAAAGGCCCUGAAGGAAAUGUUCGGUCUCAGCUUUACUCCUCCCCGCCCAAGGCGAAGAACCUAUGGCUGGAAAAACAGCAUGGCAUCCCUUUUGUGAAAGCUUUUGUUCAUGCAUUUAUGCCUUAUAAACACAGGUGUAAAGAGGCAAUUUCUCGAAAAUUAUAGGGCACGUAGCAUUGUUUUUGUGAUUGAUAUAUUUUUCGUUUAACAGUUUGAAUUUGUGAUGACCUUUCAGGUAGUGGUGUAAAAU